AUGAAUAGUUCCCCCUACAUAGUAAAGAGAAGACAAAGAGUUGGUGAUUGGAUCUGCGGUGUAUGUAAAAACUUAAACUUCUCGUUCCGAAAUCAAUGUAAAUCCAAUGAACAAUUAUCCAGGCAACCGAUGCAAUAAGUUCCCGCAUAGAAAAUCCUCAAAGCAAUCAUUUCGAGGUUUUCGAACAUUGGUUCUCAUCCAUUACGAAGAACCAAUUGAAAGUGUUGAUGAAUUACUAGAAAACCAAAUCGAUCCAAUAGUUAAAUCGAGCCUUUUGGUGCUGGAUUUGGAUCAAUUUUGAAUUUACAAUUUUUGUAUUUUUUUCUGCUUUCAUCGAGAGUAUAAUUAUAUAAUAAAUUUAUUUACAAAUAAUGAGCGAUCUAAAACCCUACUUAUUAAAUCAAACCAAAAGUGUCCAUCACUUCUAGCACACCUUCUUCAAACAAGAACCAUCUCCUAUAAAGUCCCAUCGCAAAUAACUAGAACAACAUGGAUCUCCCAACCAUCUAUCAACCUCUCUCUCCUUUUCCAAACCAUUAACAAACAAACCACAACAAACCUAAUCGGAAACAUCCUAUGUUUACUACCUCAUACAAUAGAUCAAAAAAAUGGAGUAGACCAUACAAGAAUUAAAACAGGAAAAUCAGUUAUUGAGAUCUCAAUAGAAGAUUGGAUUUCUGGUAUUAAUCAUGAUCAUAUAGGAUUUACAAUUUCAGCAGAAAUAAAUGAUUAAAUAUCAUAAUUUAUUGAAGUCUGUGCAACAAGUUAAAUUGGAUAAUAUAACACUAAGAAAAAACAUAGAAUAAAUGAAUCUGAUGAUGAAAAUCCAUUUAGCACCUGUGAAUGAAACAUUCUAAUUGCUGAACCAUCCAGAGAAUACUGUUAUUGUUCAUAAAGAAUCUAUAAAUCCAAUGUAAAAUGAUUCAAUCAAUGAAUCAACACCCAACGUUAAAAUACAUGCGAAUAUUAGCAAAUAUUAAAAGUGUAAAACUGAAACCUAAUUCAAAGAUCAAAAAUGA